AGUUGAUCAUUUAUACACCCACUUACUCACCCCCCUUCAAUUCAUAUCUCCAAAUGUAAAACCCAACAAUAGGAACUAAUCCCAUGCUUCUAAAAUUACUAUUAGCGUUCAUACUUCUAAUGGGUCAGGUUAGAACCGACCCAGACUCACUCCAAGACUACUGCGUUUCUCCUCCUCAUUCACCUGACCAACAUAUCUUCCUUAACGGCGAUCUUUGCAAAGAUCCCACAAAAGUCACCGUCUCCGACUUCACAACGUCCGCAUUAUCCAAACCCGGAAACAUCCGGGCCAAUCCGUUUAUGAUCAACGUCACUCUCACUACAACCACCAAUCUCCCGGGUCUCAACACAAUGGGCCUAACGAUGGGCAGGAUCGACUUUGGCGCCUCUGGCGUCGUCUCACCGCACGUACACCCACGCGCCUCCGAAGUAACGGUCUGCCUAGAUGGUGUGCUUCUGGUUGGGUUCGUGGAUACGUCGGGUCGGGUCUUUACACAGGAGCUUCAUCCGGGUGAGACGUUCGUGUUUCCCAAAGGGUUGAUACAUUUUCUAUACAACAUAGAUACAGUGAGCUCGGCUUUAGCUGUCUCUGGGCUGACUAGUCAGAAUCCUGGGACGCAGUUUGUGUCUUUGGUCUCUUUCGCUUCAGAGCUUCCGAUUCCACAAGACGUUUUAAAGAGGCUUUACCAUAUCAAUGACCAGGAAGGAUGUUGCUAGCAUCCGCAAACAUCUUGGAGGCUGAUGAUUGCGUUUAAAAACUCCAAUGGUACAAUAUAAAUUUUAUAUCUUGUUGAGAAAAAGUGUGUUUAAGUUUUUAACUAAUUGCUAAACUACGUGUAACUAUGACCAAAUCUACAUGUAUAUAUAUUUAUGUGGAAUCACAACUAAUAUAAUCUUCAUACGGGGAAUAAUAAACA